UGGGGUUUUUGAAAGCUUUCAUCAGAAAAUUGUGGGCGGAAACUUCCCGGGGUUUGCUCUGAGCUUCUUGAGGCUUGUCAGCUUCAGGUGCCAAGUGAGUGGGUGUCUCUUUGAGAAGCAGAAAGAGAGCAAGACAGAGAUAACGAAACAGAGGUGUUUCCCUUGGCUCUGGAAACUCUAUAAAGAGAGGGCCAGCUCCCUUCUCUUGAGCAGUCAGAAACAAGAGCCCCGUCCUUGACACCCGGGCCUCCGCAGGAUUGAGAAGGAAGAAAACCCUUGGCCGGGGGCUGGCCCGAGUCACUGGCUGCCAUGCAGCAGUCCCUGAAUUACCCGUACCCCCCAAUCUUCUGGGUGGACAGCAGUGCCAGCUCUCCCUGGGCCUCUCCAGGGUCGGUCUUCCCCUGUCCAUCCUCUGCGCCAGGAAGGCCUGGGCAAGGGAGGCCACCACCGCCGCCACCACCACCACCACCAACACUACCGCCGCGGCCACCACCACCACUGCCUCCACUACCACUGCCACCUCUAAAGAAGAGGAGGGACCACAGCACAGGCCUGUGUCUCCUUGUGAUGUUUUUCAUGGUUCUGGUGGCCCUGGUUGGACUGGGGCUGGGGAUGUUUCAGCUCUUUCACCUGCAGAAGGAGCUGGCGGAACUCAGAGAGUCCACCAGCCAAAGGCAAACAGCCUCAUCUUUGGAGAAGCAAAUAGGUCACCCCCAUCCACCCUCUGAGAAAAGAGAGCUGAGGAAAGUGGCCCAUUUAACAGGCAAGCCCAGCUCAAGGUCUAUCCCUCUGGAAUGGGAAGACACCUACGGAAUUGCCCUGGUCUCUGGGGUGAAGUAUAAGAAGGGCAGCCUUGUGAUCAAUGACACCGGGCUGUAUUUCGUGUAUUCCAAGGUGUACUUCCGGGGCCAGUCCUGCAACAACCAGCCCCUGAACCACAAGGUCUACAUGAGGAACUCUAGGUAUCCCCAGGACCUGGUGCUGAUGGAGGGGAAGAUGAUGAAUUACUGCACUACUGGCCAGAUGUGGGCCCGCAGCAGCUACCUGGGGGCUGUGUUCAAUCUCACCAGUGCUGACCAUUUAUAUGUCAAUGUAUCUGAGCUCUCUCUGGUCAAUUUUGAGGAGUCUAAGACUUUUUUUGGCUUAUAUAAGCUCUAAGAAAAGCACUUUGGGAGUCUCUCCAUUAUGGUUCCCUGUUACAAGCACUGAGAAUGUUAUCUUGAAUGAGGGUCUUCCUGAGUCCACUUGAGGUCAAGAGAGAAGACAUCAACCAAGAGGAUCUUGAGACCACAGGGUCCAGCAGGUCCAGGAUUCCUCAUCUCACCUGAGGUUCAUGAGCCCGACAGGAGGAGGACUGUGACUGAUGAGCGUGACACUUGGGGCUGCCAUGUGAAGAUGCAGAGGCAGGGAAAAGCAGCUACCAGGGAGUUCUUCACUCAUCUCAAGUGGCCAAGAGCAUUUUGGCACAUUGAAAAGGACAUUGUUUAACUCACCUUUUGGGGUGGGUCUGUUGUCUACCUCAGGGGAGGCUGUCUUUCACAUAUAUGGAUGCAUGUGAGUGUAUAAGGGAUGGAAAAAGAGGACUAGGCUUGCGUGAUAAGCUAAAGAGACUGAAAGGCCAGUGUCCCACUGGCAGCAUCUUUACUUUUAAAUGCAUAGCCUGAGCCUCCACGUGAUGCUAACGGAGAAGCAAGGGACUUAAGCCAUUCCGUAUACAGCAUGUAUAUUUCUAGUGCAAUGGUAGGAGUGUGUGUGUGUGUGUGUGUGUGAGCGCGUGUGCUAUGUGACCAGAAGAGUUACAUAUGUAGAGAGAACAUGCAGAUUGUGAAGGACAUGUGAGAAAAAAUGAAUUACAUGUGGUGGUAGAUUUUGAAUGCUUUUUGGCAACCAACUCUAAUAGUCCUCAAAGCUGUUUGAAUGUUAGUUAUUAAUGCUGUUUUCCCAUAAUAUAACCAAUAUUUAUAU